AGAAGAGCCCAAAGACCAAAAACCAGACACCAUAAAAACAGAAGACCGAAUCCGAAGCAAUGGAAAUCGAGCCUCCAGAAGGUUCAACAGCCGAAUCAACACCAGCUCCGCCAAGUGCAGGAGAUGAAAGCGCCUCCAAAUCACCUCCAGAAGAAAAACCAAUUGUGAAGACAGAGGAAAAGAGUGAAAUUAAGAAUGAACCAACACCACCACCGCCGGCAGUGGAAACACCGCCAAUUUCGGAAAGUAAUCAAAUGCCGCCGGUGGUGGAACCGCCACAAGGGCACCAUCAUGCACCGGCUCCGCCGCAUCCUGAGGCACAGAUGCCGCCGCAGCAGGCGCCUUUGGCACCUCAACCAGUGCAAUUUUCUGGUCCAGGAGGACCCGGCCUGCCACCGCCACCGCCGCACGCACAGAUGCCCAUCGACCCUCAUAUUCCACCACAUCAUCCACAAGCACUAUUGGUCCAUGUGGUGGUGGUUGUGGUGGAGGUUGUGGUGGUGGUUGUGGUGGUGGUUCAUGUAGCGGUGGUGGAGGACCAUGUAAGCCAAGUGGCGGUGGUGGGCCUGACUCAUGUGGUGGAGGGCCGGGGUCAUGUGGAGGUCCUGGAGGUCCUGGAGGUCCUGGCCAUGGAGGUCCUGGUCAUGGGUGGUCCUGGUCAUGGAGGUCUUGGACAUAAAGGUUCUGCUCAUGGUAGUCUUGGACAUAAAGGUUCUGCUCAUGGUAGUCUUGAUCACGGAGGUUCUGGUACAUGUGGAGGUUCAGCUACAUGCGGUGGUUCAGAACCACAACCAAAAGUAUCCUUCAUGGACAAACCCCAACAUGCCCCUAGUGGUCCGUUUCCAGUAGGACCUGGUCCCGCCGCAGGUGGUCCUGGGCCGUGUAGUCCAACUCCAAAUCAUGGUCCAAUUGGCCCUGGUUACGGCCCUGGGGGUUUUCAUAGUCCUCGACGAGGACUAGCUGGUCAUAACAAACCGUGCGGUGCAGGUGGUGGCCCAAAGGCUGCAUGCCCAGAAACUAGUCGUCCACCAUGUGGUCCAGCACCUUUAGCUGGUGGUGGUGGACCAGGUCAAGACACGCAAAGCAUAGAAGCGCCUGCCCCCGUGCAGAGACCUAGAAACAUUCUAGAUCCAAAUUUCGGACGAUAUAACGCUGAUCCCUAUAACAUGAAUGUUAACCCAAACGCCCCAAGCCCGACGGAUAGCAGUGGCGUACCAAUGAAUCCAUACAGUUUAUCUAAUAGUCCUAGAAUGCCAAACCCUGGGCCUUAUGCACAACAAUCACCACAAAAUGCAUUCCCAACACGCAACUACAUACCGGAUCAAGUUCAGAGGUAUCAAAGUUACAGUCCACCUCCAGAGCCAAAGCCACCUGUCGACUUCAAUCAACGUCCAUCAUAA